GUCGGUAUUUGCGGCAUUCUUGGCCCUAAUAAAAAUAUUGAAAAUUUUAAAUAAGAAUAUUUUGUAGUUUGAAUUAACCAUUAAGCUAGAUUGCAGUGCUAGUGCAAUUUGUAAUAAAAUCCUGUAAUCAAUUUUAGAAUCGAAGUCAAAGAACUGUAUAUAAAAAAUUGCCGACCUAUUUCCUUUGUACGCAGUUUAUUUUGAGGUUUCCUAUUGCUUUGCUCUGGAUUAAUAGUCUCAUUUCCUUGUGUCCCGAUUUUUUUACUUUGAGAUUUAUCACCUCAUUUUCGCAAUGCCCGUAUUGUCAGUCAACUUUACGAAGUCAAAAUUGCGCUGGAUAAAAAAAUGCAGAACAUUGCAAAGAUGAUAACAGAGCAACUUCGAAAUCCUAACGAGCUAGACAUAAGCUUGAGGAUGGAGUUUGGGCCUUUUGAAACUGUCCACAAGUGGAAGCGGAUGUCAGAGUGCUACGAGUUUGUUGGAGCAAGGAGGAGUAAGCAUACAGCUGUUGCUUAUAAGGAUGCUAUCUAUGUGUUUGGCGGUGACAAUGGGAAGUCAAUGCUGAACGAUCUCAUCAGAUUUGAUAUAAAAGAAAUGUCAUGGACUAAAACUCUAUGCAUGGGAACAGCUCCGGCUCCACGAUACCACCAUUCUGCUGUGGUUCACAGAUCUUCAAUGUUUGUCUUCGGUGGCUAUACUGGUGACAUAUUAGCAAACUCCAACUUGACUAAUAAAAAUGAUCUCUUUGAAUACAAAUUCCAAACAGCUCAAUGGGUCCAGUGGAAAUUUACAGGCCAGGAGCCAGUACCUCGAUCGGCGCACGGUGCCGCAGUUUAUGACGAUAAGCUGUGGAUCUUCGCUGGAUACGAUGGAAAUGCCAGGUUGAAUGACAUGUGGACUAUAAAUCUAGUGGGGGAGAAUCACCAAUGGGAGCACGUGGAGCAGAAAGGCGAAUGCCCCCCCACUUGUUGUAACUUCCCCGUGGCGGUUGCUCGCGGCAAGAUGUUUGUGUUCAGCGGACAGAGCGGCGCUAAAAUCACUAACGCGCUAUUCCAGUUCGACUUCGAGACAAACACUUGGAGUCGCGUAUGCACCGAGCACUUACUGCGGAGCGCGGGACCCGCACCGGCGCGGCGAUACGGUCACGUGAUGUUACACCACGCGCGGCAUCUAUACGUGUUUGGCGGCGCCGCGGAUAGCACCCUGCCUUCAGACCUCCAUUGCUACGACCUUGACACGCAAAUGUGGUCAGUGGUUCAGCCAGCAUCGGACUCGCAGAUCCCAUCGGGUCGCCUGUUUCACGCGGGCGCGGUCGUUGGCGAUGCAAUGUACAUCUUCGGCGGAACCGUUGACAACAACGUGCGAAGCGGAGAUCUGUAUCGCUUCCAGUUAUCAAACUAUCCUCGGUGCACUCUACACGACGAUUUCGGUCGCAUCCUUAAGUCGCAGCAAUUCUGCGACAUCACUCUCCUCGUAGGAGUUGACCAGACCGCGGUAUACGCACACCAGGCGAUGUUGGCUGCACGCUCACAGUACCUGAGAGCUAAGAUUAAAGAGGCGCAUGAAGACUUAGUCAAACGCAUAGAAGCUGGAGAAGAGGAACCAACUGCAGAAUGCUCAUACAAAUCUCCUCCGCAGUUGACCGUGAAGCUACCGGAGGCCACACCCGAGGCGUUCCGGAUGGUCCUCAACUACAUAUAUACGGAUAGAAUCGAUCCUACUGAAAAAGAUGAGGACCCAGCCUCACCAGCUACAAUCCUGUUGGUAAUGGAAGUACUACGGCUCGCUCUGCGUCUGAACAUUCCAAGAUUGCGCGGCCUCUGCGCUCGCUAUUUACGCGCUAACCUCUGCUACAGCAAUGUUCUUCAAGCUUUGCACGCGGCACAUCACGCCAAUUUGAGCUGCAUCAAGGAGUAUUGCUUACGAUUCGUGGUAAAAGACUACAACUUCACGGCGAUCGUAAUGUCGCCAGAAUUUGAGCAGAUGGAACAGAAACUGAUGGUGGAAGUCAUUCGUCGCCGACACCAGCCGCAUCACAAGCUGCCACCAAAUCAUGAUCAGGAAGAAGAGGUUCUCGGAACAACGCUAGAACAAGAUAUGUGCGUGUUCGUGGGGGGCGCGGAUUUGGCCGAUGUUACGUUGCGGGUGGCCGGUGCAACGAGACCGGCGCAUCGGUCAAUACUGGCCGCGAGGGCUGCAUACUUCGAGGCCAUGUUCCGGUCAUUCUCCCCGAAGGAUAACGUUGUUAAUAUUCAUAUCUGCAAUACGGUGCCGUCAGAGGAGGCUUUCGACUCCCUUCUGCGGUACAUUUACUACGGCGACACCAAUAUGCCCACUGAAGACUCACUGUACCUUUUUCAAGCACCUAUUUAUUACGGUUUCACCAACAACCGCCUCCAGGUGUUCUGCAAGCAUAAUCUGCAGAGUAACGUUUCACCAGAGAACGUUCUAGCGAUUCUGCAGGCGGCCGACCGCAUGCGUGCCGCAGACAUAAAGGAAUACGCUCUGAAGAUGAUCGUACAUCACUUUGAAUUGGUGGCCCGGCAAGACGCAAUCAAGAACCUGGCUCAGCCACUCUUAGUAGAUAUGAUAUGUGCUCUCGCGGAUGAUCCUCGGUUCGACACGUCUCUCCCCCCGCCACCGCGCUCUCUCCCCUCCUCUUCUUCCGCGGAUACCAUCACCGACGAUCCCGAUUAUAUACGCCAUCGGUGCGGAAAGUAAAAGAAACCAAGAAGUUAAUAAAUUAAACUAUAUAUUGAUGAUCUACAGGAUAAUUUUGAAACCACUGCGGAUUUUAAUUUGGUGGAUUCGGUAUCGGUAGUAGAAAAUAUUUCCACUCAAUUUUUCGUAUAAUUUUUUUUACCAUGUCCGAGCAUAAAAUAAGCAAAUCAUGGCUACUCGUAAUAGAUAUCUACCUAAAUAAAUAAUAGCCCACUACUAUCUUAGGCUGCAUCAACACUUACCACUAGGUGAGAUUGCAGUCAUCGGCUAACUAGUGGAUUAAAAAAAAAAUACUUCGUAAUGUGUGGCAUGCGUAGGUAAGUAAUGGGUUAUUCAAUUUUAUGUGUUUAAGUUAUUAUUAUGUUUUAUUGUAUGGAAUUAUCGCUGCGAUCAUAUGGGACCGAGUGCGAGAACGUUGAUCACAAGUUAACAGCUGAGAGCUAUUGUAGGGUGCCCAUAAUUAUAUUUUCCCGGGACUAAUCUUUUGGAACCGUUAAUUUCUGUAUUGUUAAUUAAAAACUUAAAAAUACAUGUUCAUAAAUUUGGUUCAUGUAUAUAUAUACAUUACAAAAACAUAUUAAAAUAUCCACACUGAAAAAAAAAUAUUCUGUAUACAAUGGUGUACAUGUGUACAUAAAUCUCUUACACCUAAAGUAAAGAGUCAAUCUAAUCCAAAAUGUUCAAAUCGCAGAUUGAGUAAAUUACUACUCAUACCUGUAAGGAUAGCACUCCUUAUCUACAGGUAUGAGUAGGGAAAGGAUACAACUACUAAAUUCAAUGUGAUUAGAUGAUUUUGGAUUACAUUUUUUUUGUAAUUUCGGGCUAUAAUCUAAAAUAAAUUUGACGAAGUUUACCAGAAAGAACUAAACACAACAUCUGAGACUUAUUGGUAUUAUAUAGAGGUCAAGUGAUUUUGAGUGUGUUUGUGUCCUUUCUGCUUAAGAACGCCCAAUCGACGAAUGCAAAAAGAGUGCUAUCCUUUUCUUUAAGGUGCAGUGUGAAAAGGAGAGCACAACUUCUAGAAAUGUCAAGUUUUGUUAAGUUGAUUUGUGUAACAGAUUUGGAACUAUUAUGUUACAGCUAAUUUUAAUUUCUUGUGAGUUUGACAGUAAUUGUUUCUAGGUGUUUCAAAUAAAAUAACCUUGAAGGCUUUCAACCUCAGCCUAUGGAUACUCUCAGCCUCUUUCUAUGGAUUUGACAAAAGAUCAAUUGUCAAUCAAAUGGGGACACCUACAUUCUUCCAUUUUGCAUUUGUUUAUCCAUUUUUAGCCAAAGGAUUGGUGUUACAUGUGUGUACAUGUUAUUCUGGCGUGUAUGGCAUUACUUGAAACAGCCUCGAAUUUUUUUCGUUAAUACAAAUAAGGGUUUUAGGGCAAGAAAAAAUUAAAUAAAAAAAGACAUGGACUUCAGAAAAAAUGAAACUUAUCUGUAUCAAUAGCUAACCCAACUAUAUCCUAAUCAAAUAUUGUAAUAUAGGAAUGCAAAAGUUGUUAGCAAAUCAUGUUGAAAUAUUUUCCUAGAUUUUCAUAAAAGUUUGGUUGUAACAACUAAUUCCUUGGAAUGAAGAUAUUUGCUUAAAAUGAUUUUUUAUACAAACUGUCAAAACCGGCAGAAGACUCAAAUCUAUUGCUGUUUUGACAAACAGUUUUUUUUUAUUUGCUGUAGCAUUAAAAUUGUUCUACUCUGACAAAAAAUUACAUAUUAUAUAACUACCUUACUAUGAAUUUAAAAUAAUUUAUCUAGUCUGCAUUUUAAUAAAUAAAGAUAAGAAUAGAAAUCUAUGUUAAUAAGUAGGAAAAAUGAUAAUAUUUCUUGUUAAGAUAAUUUAAUCAUGUUAACAAUUUUUAUUAAAUAAGCUAAUAAAUUAUUUCAUUAUAAUGUUGAUGAUUUAUUCCUUUUCAU